AUGUUGACGGCCAAUGAGUUCGAAAGAGCAUGGGAGAUGCUACUAGACAAGUAUGGAUUGGAGAAUCACCCAUUUCUGACGCAAAUCUACGAAGUGCGGCACAAGUGGGCAAAGCCAUACUUCAGAGACAUAUUCUGUGCUAAACAGACCAGCACGCAGAAGAGUGAGACUGUGGAACGCUUGCUGGCAAAGUAUGUUCCACCAGAUCGCUCCAUGGAUCUUUUUGUCAAGCAGUACGAGGAACUGCAUGUCAAUCUGAACAUCAUAGAGGUUUUCCAGGGGAAAAGGACUAGUAUUGAUGAGAUUGUUCUCAGAACAAAUCUACCAAUUGAGAAGCAUGCCAGCGAGGUGUACACGAGGACGAUGUAUGAAAUGUUCAGGAAAACAUUGUGCGAAUCUGAAUUCUACGAGGUGGAGCAUUCUCCUGCAUACAAGGAUAGACCAGUAAACUGUGUAUGUUUCAACUAA